GUUGAACGUCGUGACGAGCUGUGGCUUGGUUUUCGCUUGGCUGCCCUUUUGCCAUCAUUCGCUCCUCUCGUCUUGAUUUGGACUGUUCAGCCCGCCGCCCUGACCGCCGUGCGUACGUACCACCGCGGACAAAAUAUCCAUCCCUGAUCUCAACACGACUUGAUAACCACCACACCAGAACCUUGUAGCACGAAUCAAGUUCCACCGCCGUCAUGGGGGCAAACAAUGCUAACAAACGUGACAAGCUCAAUCGGCGCUAUGCACAACAUCGUCACACGGAAACUAUUCGCCGACAUCGCAUGAAGGCUGCACUUACCACCAUGCGCACCUUUCUUGAACUUGGGGAUGACGUCGAACAAGCCGCCGUCAUGGAAGCCGCUGCAGAAGCCCUCUCCGAAGCCCGUGCCAAAGCUGCUCAGGCCGCCGCUCAGGCCACUGCAUCGGCGGCCACCUCGUCCACGCCCCAAUCCGGUUCUUCCAUGAUGGCUGAUGCCGCAUCACCCGUGAGUAGCGAUGCCAUGAGCAGCCGCGGCUCAAAUUAUGAUUCUACAGAAACGCCGCUGACCGCAGCCUCGGGCAUCGGCUCCGCCACCAACCCGACCACAUCUUGGGAAUCCGUUCUGGGCCCCAUGAAUACCGGUGGUCAUCCCAUGCUUCCCGUCACCAACGGCCUCAGCAUCGCCGACUUUGACCUCCCCGAGCUUAACCUCUCCACAUUUGACUUUGGUGGUGGUGAUAUGCAGGCUGUCUUGCAUAGUCCCUUUUUGCCACGGGAUAGUGCUCUCUUUGUCACCGACGUGGACUCGCUCAAGAUCCUAGACUGCAAUGAAGCCACCGUUAGCCUGUUCCGGGCCCCCUCCCGAGCCACCAUUGUUAACCAGUCCGCUUUUGAACUCAAGCUCCACACGGCCGAACAGCAGCGUCGCGUCCAGGCGUACGUCCACGACGCCCUCGCAAGACGUAACGUUCAACUGCUACAAUCAAUCGAAGAGCUCAACACCCUGGAUGGCAACACCGUUUGGACCAAGCUCACAUUCAUCGUCGUUUGUCGAAGUCAUUCCAGCACCAGUGGCCGGAAUGUCAUGGUCGUGGUGGCUCAACCCAUUCCUCCACCCGCUGAAAGAAAGCCCCGCGUUGUUGUCAUGGCCUGAUUGGGCUGAUUCAAUUCUGCCAAGAACCGUGCCUGUCUGCCGAGCAAGCAGGCUCUCCCUAUUCUUGUCCGGAUUGCCGACACGCCCUUUCUGACCGUUUGCAUUCGUUUCAGUCUUUGCCUUCGGUUUUUUUUUGGUCUGUUUUCUUCUUUUUGGCUGGACCUCUAGCUCAUGCUGGUUUGACUGGUUGAGCGGGUCUGAGUGGAUCAUGGUUUGAUCAGCCCCUUGUUCAUGGUUGUGUUUCCAUUUGUUUCUGUGCCUCAGUCUUGAUGAGACGAGGUAGCAGCCUUUGUGAUUGUGGCUGGACCCAAUUGCCCAUAAUAAUUUGUACUUUGUGAUUUGCCGCAAUGCAUGGCGCUCUUGUGAGUGCACGCGCCAGUGACCCUUUUGACUCUUCUUGAUUUUUUUUUUUCAUUUUUCCUCUUCUUCUGCGUGUGGCUUCUCCUCCCGACCUGCUCCCUGUUUGUGCUCGAUGCCACUCUCCUUUGUCUCAUCUGAAAUCUAUCAAGUUCUAUUGACUUUUUUUCUUUCUUUUUCUCCGAGUCUCAGUGGCAGGGCCGCAAGCCCGUGGUUUCUAGUGACAAUGCCAGUCGCCUCGAAGAAGCUCAGAGCAAUGAGCAAACUGUUUAUUUGUGGCCG